AUGCCUCAAACGGUGACGCUGGUGCCGUUUGACCACCCGCCCACCCGAAAUGAUAUCUGGCCCAACAAAGGCUCGCUAACUUUAUUUUUUCUUCUUUUGUCCUUUUACAAGAUGGCGACACUUGCUUGCCGCCGCUGCUUUGUGCUGGCUUUAAUUAUUCACUCAGUCCAGUGCACGACGACAAGAUACUUCACCUACGAGGAGGACGCCCCCGGGACAGAAAUAGGCAACUUGUCCAGAGACUUGAAGAUCGACCCCUCCGAAAGCCACGACACGUCCUUCCGCUUCAUGCAGGAGAACAUUUUCACCGUGGUGCACAUGCGGGAGGCCGACGGGCUCUUGACCGUGGCUGAGCUCAUCGACCGCGAGUUGCUGUGUCCCCGCACCCCGCGGUGCUUCGUCACCUUCGACGUGGUGGCCCACUCCAGGGAAAAGUUCCAACUGAUUCACGUUGAGAUUGAAGUCCGGGACAUCAAUGACCACACGCCGGCGUUUCCCCGCAAUGAGACCGCCGUGGAGAUUGUGGAGAAUGUCCCCCUGGACUCCCGCUUCCCACUGCCAAUCGCCGUGGACCCAGACGUAGGCGACAACUACAUACAAAGUUACAACAUCUCCCCCAGCAGCCACUUCGCCGUGGAGAUACGUCAGCGGGAGGAUGGUGUCAGGUUUGCCGAGCUGGUCUUGGUGAAGGAGCUGGACCGGGAGAUCGAGGACUCCUACCUGGUGGAGGUGACAGCUACCGAUGGAGGCGUGCCUACAAAGUCGGGCUCCAUGACAGUUCGCAUCAAGGUGCUGGACUUCAACGACAACGGGCCCACUUUUGAACACGGCUCGUUAAAGGUGGAGCUCAACGAGGACGCGCCCGUGGGUCACCGCGUGGUGCGGGUGCACGCCUUCGACCCCGACGAGGGCGUCAACGGCCAAGUGAUGUACGCCUUCGACGGCGUCUCGGCAGAGGCGGCCCGCGUCUUCCACGUCGACCCGCACACUGGUGACGUGACGCUGAGGGCCCGUGUGGACUUUGAGAGGAGGCGAUCCUACGAGCUGCGUGUCAAGGCCUCUGACUUGGGCGCCGAUCCCGCGUCGUCCAGCUGCAAGCUGUCCAUUGAAGUGGUGGACGUGAACGACAAUGCACCCGAGAUCAACAUAAAGCCCAUGACUACCAGCGCGGACGACGUGGCCUACAUCACAGAGGCCGCAGCCGCGGAGAGCUUCGUGGCCCUCAUCAGCACCUCAGACCUGGACUCUGGCUCCAACGGCUAUGUGCGAGUAAGCCUACUCGGCCCCGAACACUUCACCUUGCAGCAAGCCUAUGGGGAGACCUUCAUGAUAAUCACCACCUCCACGCUGGACCGCGAAAAGAUCCCCGAAUAUAACCUCACUGUCGUCGCUGAGGACUUGGGCAGUCCACCGUUUAAAACGGUGAGGCAGUACACCAUCAGGGUGACGGACGAGAAUGACAACGCGCCUCUAUUCAGUAAGUCAACGUAUGAAGUCUCAGUCAUAGAGAACAACAUUCCAGGCUCUUACGUCACCACCGUGGUGGCCCGUGAUGCCGACGUGGGCGAGAACGGCAAAGUCUCCUACAAGCUCCUGGAGUCUGAGGUGCAAGACGGGUCGCUGAUUUCCACCUACGUUUCCGUAGAUUCCCAGACAGGGUCUUUGUACACAGUCAGGUCCUUUGACUAUGAGAGAAUCCACGAAGUAAAGCUGGUUAUCCAAGCUGAAGACAAAGGUUCCCCAUCGCUUUCAAGCACGUCUAUAAUUAAAAUCCAAGUGGUGGACCAGAAUGACAACUACCCGUAUUUCACUUUCCCCGUGCUGUUUAACGACUCCGCCGACAUCCCGCUGCCCUUGAACGCCCCUGCUUCCUAUCUGGCUCUGCGCCUCUCAGCUGAAGACGCAGAUGACGGCGUGAACGCCGAGCUGUCCUACCACAUGUUGCAAGGGGACCACAAGCUUUUCAGCGUCAGCAAAGACACCGGGGAGAUCGUCCUCAAAAAAGGGCUGACGGCCCAAAUCGGGGACAUCCUGGAAUUGGUCGUGGUUGCUAGCGACCGCGGCCGUUCGCCUCUCUCCGGCAGCGCCACCGUACGUUUCGUGGUCACCGAUACUGAACCCGUCAAGGACCAGGCCGUGGUGGUCUUGCGUUCAAGUGAAGACGAGGGCCUUGUGGCGGGCUUGGAUGGCUCCCUGGUUGUCAUCAUCCUGCUGAGCGGCGGCUGCGGGCUCCUGCUGGUGGCCAUCGUGGCCGUGGCAGUCACAUGCAAAGCGGGACGCGGCGGCGCCGGGCCCGCUAAAAGGGAGGCCCGCCUCGGCUUGUUUGACAGCGGGCCCCCUCUCGGGUCCACCCACGGCAACAUAUACACCGGACAGAGGGGCUUCUUCCUGGAGAGGACCUCCUCGAGCUUGGAUGACUCCUGCUUUUACGAAGAGAAGAGCAGCGACUCGGAAUCCAAGACGUUCCUGCCCUCAAAGCACUUCCAACCGUCAUCUAUAUGGCAAGCGGACAAGUAUUGCUUGCAAGUGAGUGGCACGGGCAACACCGACCAGCUGAGCGUGAAGGACAGCGGCAAAGGGGACAGCGACUUCAACGACUCCGACUCGGACGUCAGCGGCGACGGCGGCAAGAGGAGCUUCAGCACCUUCCACCCGAGGCUAAAAAGUUCGUCCAGCGCCGCUAACAGCUUAGCGGGGGACUGCCAGAACACCUAUUGCGCGAUCCCGCCGCAGUGCUUCCGGAACACCCGAGACUUGGCGUACACCGUCGGCUUCUCCCCGGCGCCCUUCUUCAACGACUUGCACGGCUACGCCCACUCCUGGAAGGAGUCUGGUUACAAUACCAACCCGAAGAAACCACGGAGCGGCGCCGUGCAGACGUACACGGGGAGAACCGGAACCCUCCCGCCUUAUCUGUCCCAGUCGCAGAACGGGCCCCAAGUCCACAAGCACAGUCCAAAUAUUGUAACGGUGGCGACGGAAUUAGAAGUGGCCACCAUGUUUUGA